UUUCCAAGGCGGUGACUCAGGCAGACUGUCAGUCGGGGAGCUGCGUAGAGGAAGGCGACGAGGCACCCGGAGCGAGAGCGAGAGAGAGCCCAGCCGUCACUCUGCCCUCGCCCCUCGCCGUUGCCAGGCCCUGAACCGCCGCCAUGGAGACCCCCGGGCAGAAGAGGACCACCCGGAGCGGGGUCGGCUCGACCCCCCUCUCCCCGGCCCGCAUCACCCGCUUGCAGGAGAAGGAAGAUUUGCAGGAGCUGAACGACCGCCUGGCCGUCUACAUCGACAAGGUGCGCUCGCUGGAGUCGGAGAACGCCGGCCUCCGCCUGCGCAUUUCCGAGUCGGAGGAGGAGGUGAGCCGCGAAGUCACCGGCAUCAAGUCGGCCUACGAGACCGAGCUGGCGGACGCCCGCAAGACGCUGGACUCGGUGGCCAAGGAGAGGGCGCGCCUCCAGCUGGAGCUGAGCAAAGUCAGGGAGGAGUUUAAGGAGCUCAAGGCCAGGAACACCAAGAAGGAAGGGGACCUGCUGGCCGCCCAGGCCCGCCUGAAGGAUUUUUUGCUGAACUCCAAGGAGGCCGCCCUCACCACCGCACUGGGGGAGAAGCGGAACCUGGAAAACGAAGUCCGCGAUCUGAGGGCCCAGGUGGCCAAGCUGGAAGCGGCUUUGGCCGAGGCCAAGAAGCAGCUGCAGGAUGAGAUGCUGCGGCGGGUCGAUGCCGAGAACAGGCUGCAGACCCUGAAGGAGGAGCUGGAAUUCCAGAAGAACAUCUACAGCGAGGAGCUCCGUGAGACCAAACGCCGCCACGAGACCCGCCUGGUGGAGAUUGACAGCGGUCGCCAGCAGGAGUUUGAGAACAAGCUGGCCGACGCCUUGCAGGAUAUGAGGGGCCAGCAAGAAGCCCAGGUCCGACUCUACAAGGAAGAGCUGGAGAAGACUUACAGUGCCAAGCUGGAGAAUGCCAAGCAGUCUGCCGAGAGGAACAGCAACAUGGCGGGGGCGGCCCACGAAGAGCUGCAGCAGACCCGCAUCCGCAUCGACAGUCUGUCCGCCCAGCUCAGCCAGAUGCAGAAGCAGCUCUCUGCCAAGGAGGCGAAACUGCGGGACCUGGAGGAUGCUCUCGCCAGAGAAAGGGAAACCAGCCGCCGCAUCCUGUCCGAAAAGGAGCGGGAGAUGGCCGAGAUGCGGGCCCGCAUGCAGCAGCAGCUGGACGAGUACCAGGAGCUGCUGGACAUCAAGCUGGCCCUGGACAUGGAGAUCAACGCCUACCGCAAGCUCCUCGAGGGGGAGGAGGAGAGAUGGGCCUACAUUCUGCACUGGCGGGGGAAGGGCUUGCUGGUUUUUAGUGUGCGGGCUCGGGAUGUGAAGAAUGUACUGAAGGACCAGUCUUUGGGGAACUGGCAAAUCAAGCGCCAGAACGGAGAGGAAGCCCCCAUCUGCUACCGGUUCCCUCCUAAGUUCACCUUGAAGGCUGGGCAAUUAGUUACAAUCUGGGCUGCUGGCGCUGGGGUGACCCACAACCCUCCCACGGAUAUGGUGUGGAAGAACCAAAGCUCCUGGGGAUCCGGAGACAGCCUGCGCACUGCUCUCCUCACUUCCACUGGAGAGGAAGUGGCCAUGAGGAAGCUGGUGCGCACUGUAGUUGUUGAGGAUGACGAUGAAGAGGAUGAAGACGAAGUUGGCAUCCACCACCGCCAUCACCAUAGCCACUGCAGCGGCUCCGGAGACCCUGGCGAGUACAACCUGCGCUCCCGCACGGUGCUGUGCGGAACCUGCGGGCAGCCAGCGGAGAAGGCCGGCGGCACCACCAACGCUGCCACCAGCACCAUGUCCUCUGGAUCUUCCACUUCCAGUGUCACCAUCACCCGUGCUUACCGCAGCACCGGAGGGACUGGCAUUGGGGAGAGCCUGCUGCCCAGGUCCUACAUUCUGGGCAAUUCCAGCCCACGCCAGCAGGGUCCUCAAAACUGCAGCAUCAUGUAAAUCCUUCGAUUUCUCCCCCUACACACACACAUCCCCCCGACCGUUCACUGCCCGAUUAUACAAAGCUAUUCGGUCCUUAUGAUGUACACAGGAGGAAGAAAAAAGAGAAAGAGCAGAAAACGUUUUUAAAGAAGUUAUUUUCUACGGCAAGAAUUUAUACAUAUUAUAUAUAUAUAUAAAACGCUAAA